CUUCCAGCAACAUGGAAAACGUGGGCAGCUGGCAGACACCAGGUUUUACUUUAGUUAGUGUACUCUGACAUGAUUCUGGUUCUGAAUUCUUCUGUGAAUGUCAUUGUAUCCCUCUGGUUGCGCGUUCUGUUUGCUGCAUGGACCCGACCCUGAGCGAAUCUGAUGCCUGAUGGAACCGCUUAUCAGACAUGAAAGAACAUCAUGAAGCUGCAGGCUCCGCAGGAUGGAAGAAUGCCCGGAAAUCUCCGGAUUUCCAGGUUCCUUGAUGUGUUCCUUUUCGGGCUGGAAACAUAACACAGCCUAAACAAACACAUCCUACCUCCUCUCUCAAUUUUCUUUCUUUCUUUCUUUCUUCCUUUCCCCCCUCCCUUCUCUGCACACAUAUAUUGUCUUCCGACCUUUUUUUUUUUUUUUUCCCCCUGUCAUCUUCGUUCCAGGUUCUUUGGUCUGGAGCUGGCUGAGCCACGCCUGGGUGGAUCAGUAUCAUCUCACAGCGGCCUUUCAAAUUCGAAACUCGCUGCCUGGCGCGAUCUUUUGAUCUUGUCGCUCUCUUGAUUCUAUUUUGCCUGACGUGCAGCUCCAAAACCCCCGUCAGUCUCCAAACGACGUACAUUUUCCUGUAGCUGCCGGCGUUCCCUUGAUUACCUCUGCUCUCCUGUUGGUAGCGUGCAUUGACUAUCCUGGAAAUUCACUAUAACUGCUUAUCCAGCAAUAUCUCGACCCCUCGCCCACACCUGGAUUGGUCUUCAUGAUCGACCACGACUAGCUGCUCACAGGACUGCGAAUUUUAUCGGAGUUUCCCCGUACAAAUUUUUGAGUUUCGCACCUGGACAUCAGUCAUGGAGUUACCUUCGUCUAACUUGGCACUUCGUGAAAGCACUCCCCAUACAGUGCGAGAGGACUCCCCGGGCCUUGAGGCCACUAACAAAUCUAUUGACAUCAUGUCCCAGAGCAUGAAAGUAAUGGUCAAGAAAAUACAGGACCUCAGGCACAUUGGAGUCGAAAACAGCGGGCUUCCUCUCCCAAAAAUCGUCGUUGUCGGCGACCAGAGCACCGGAAAAAGCUCGCUCAUUGAAGGCAUUAGUGAGAUCAAAGUCCCGCGAAACGCCGGAUGUUGUACUCGUUGCCCCAUGGAAAUAAACUUGUCUGAGUCCGAUACCCCUUGGACUUGUCGUGUGUUGCUGAUGAAGAAGUACAUAUAUCUUCCGAAAAAAUCAGCACCGACAUCGCGCAAUCCCCUGGGGCCAUGGAUUGAACAGGAACCUGAAGAGUUUCUGUUUGACACGCUGACCGAUAAAUCUAUGCUACGGGAUGUAUUAAUGUGGGCCCAACUAGCUACUCUUAACCCUGGAAGGUCUUACAAAGAGUUUAUGCGGGAGGAAAACCACGAAACAGAGACCUAUCUACAGGUGAAGUUCUCACCAAAUGUGGUUCGUUUGGAUAUUUCAGCGCCCAAAUUUCCAAAUCUCUCCUUCUAUGACUUGCCCGGCAUUAUCAACGUUGCCGAGGUAGACGAGGAAAAAUAUCUGGUUCCAUUGGUUGAAAAUUUGGCGAAAGAGUAUAUCAAAGCUGAUAAUACUAUUGUCUUGUUGACAAUGCCUAUGACGGAUGACGCGACGAACUCGAGUGCAGCCCGAAUUAUCAGAGAAGUACGCGGAGCUAGGGAUAGGACACUUGGGGUUUUGACAAAGCCAGACCGGAUCGAUGCCGGAUAUGAGCAAUGGCAGGAACUACUUAGUGGGGAAAAGUUCUUGCUUGGUCAUGAAUAUUUUGUGGUUAAGAAUAACUCUGAUCCGAUGGUGGAUCACUCUCAAGCACGAGAGGAAGAGCAAAUUUUUUUUGCCCAUCCUCCAUGGGCGGCAGAAUUCGCAAAGUACAGCGACAGAUUUGGCACAAGAAAGCUUCAGGCUGCCUUGUCAAGUCUGCUUCUCAAGCAAAUACAAAGCAGUCUACCUCGGAUCAUCGAUCAGAUCAACAGCCGUGCUAGGCUUGUCGAAAAGGGACUAUCUGCACUUCCGGCACCACCGUCUGCGAACGUUCCAUAUAUUUUGUGCCAAAAAUUAAAUGUCUUUACGAACAACGUUCAAGCUCAUAUGAAUGGUGGCUCCUCCGAACACCCGUUCCUCAAGGAAUGGAGCAAGUUAGCAUCCGCCUUUCAGGAAUAUCUUGUAAGAUCUCGACCCACACUCAAGAUUGUGGAAAAUAUUGAGAUUAAGUUGCCUGGAAACGUGUCUUCUACGCCCGAGGACGACAACGACCUGUGUGAGAUUACGGAAUGGAAAACCCCAUCGAAGCGGAAGCUUGCGAAAGGUGGCGAGCCCGAUUUGGCGAAAAAAUUGAAAGCUAGCUCUCCGCCUGAAAGGUUACCCGCAAGCGCGGGAGCUCCAGAUGGCUAUUUUGAAAAGUAUUUUGGAGGUUUGCCCGCUCCGAUACGGUCAUUUACUCCCCAGCAGAUACGUGAUAUUAAUGCAGAUACCUACGCUUCCGGUAUACCUGGACUUGGAAACCCUCAGGCUGUCGAAACUAUGAAUCGUCUGAGCGUAGCUCAUUGGUUGGACCCAAUGCGAACCUUUUUGUCGGAGACGUACAACAUGGUUUCUUGCGUUUUGAUGCAGGAACUGGACAAUGUUUUCGGACAAUAUCGGCAGACUGCACUCUACCCAGCUCUAAAAGCGGUAAUCUUCGAGUUUCUUGAAGCGAUACGUGGGGAGCACUAUCGUCAAGCCGAUGAAAACUAUAAUAUUGAAUGUUCCAAGCCUUUCACUCUUGCAACCGAAGCUUUCUCAAAGGUUCAGGAUGAGGCCCUGGAAAUGCUGUCUCGCAAACGCUUCCUCCUUCGCCGGCGAGAAUAUUUGGCACAACUUGAAGCUAUUGGGAAGGCUUGUAACCCAAACACCAUCACUCAAGCAGAUUUGGGUACGGACAGUUUCAUGAAGGAAAUAGAGAUCGCAGCGGCUUCACGAGCGUACUACGAUGUUGCAGGUUCCCGGUUUGUUGAUGUGACAUGCCAGGGCACUUACACCAAACUUUUCUUUCGUUGUCGCAACGAACUCCGCAACGUGAUCGAGCAGAAUUUAGGUAUCUUGGGCGAAAAUGCUUCCGAACGCUGCAUGGAACUCAUGGCUGAAGAUGAAGAACGCCAACGACGCCGAGUCCAGCUUCGCAAAGAGAAGGAGAAGCUGGAUAAAGCUCAGGAAUGGCUCAGGGUUGCCGAGAAAAACGCUGGUACAUUGGGUAUUUCCGAGGGGCCUCUGAGCACCUUUACUUAGGGUCGGUUCUUUGAGGAUAAUUAGUUACCAUGGAGUGAUUUAGGAUUAUGAAAACAACUCAGAAAGCUGGAGGAUUUUGCUUGACUGUGAGAUAUUUGCUCUCUAGGUUAGCACCCCAGUAAAUUUGGCAUAAUUACUUGAGGUACUCUGUACCAAAAUCAGAUAAUGAAUUAUGUGCUCCCGU